GUCCACAAGACCGGUAUAUCAGGAUCGAGUGUUUGUGACUCCGAUACUGUUUCAGACUUAACGGACUCAACGUCUUGUAGUGUUCAGACAGGAACAGACUGAUCUCUUCGUCAACCAUGACUCCCUUCCUUCUGCUGUUCGUUGCCUUGGCAACAGCGUCUCCUAUGAAGAGGCAGACCACCAGCGGCCUGGAUGAAAACGGUGACGGGCUGAUCUCCAAGGAUGAAGUUCUCAUCUGCAUGUCUCUGCACGAAGCGCUUGUCGCCCUGGACAGGGAUGGCGAUGGCUUCAUCUACCUGCCUCAGAUCAUCGAGCUGUGGGGAACCGGAGACAAGUUUUACGAACUGAACACCGACGGAGACGACCACCUCACCUUCAGGGAGAUCGAGAACGGAAUGACUCUCAGCGACUUCUACGACCAGUUCGACUUCAACGGUGAUGGUACUCUGGACGCAGCAGAGGCGUACCAGCUAAACUACAUCUGGGACGUCCUCUACAACCCUGCAGUUAACGACCCGCUAGACUCUAACGGAGACGGGAGACUCUCCAGGCUGGAAAUCACGAGCCACAUGACCUACAACGAGGUUCUGAGAGCCUUGGACGCCGACGGCGACCAACGGCUGAGCGCGGCUGAGGUGAAUGUACUGAUGGGCUCCCAGACUGCCCAGUGGAUGGACGAUCAGGACAACAACGACGACGGUUUCGUCAACGGCGAGGAGGCGCACAGCCACCGUAUGAAUCUCGGCAGGAUCUUCAGCAGACUCGACUUGGACGGUAAUAACUAUCUGAAUGAUGGAGAAGGGGCCGGAUUCUACGAAGUUUGGGUCAUCCACCUCACGAACACCGGCGGCAGCACUGACCCCGUCACUGGCUAAGGGACUAGAGCAGAUCCAUCAGUGGCGACAUCAAUGGAACAUAAAGACUAAAAUAAAUUCUUACAGUCAAUACAAAAAUAAAUUAUACAAAUGACUUCA